GUGUGUGUGUGUCUAUGUGUGUCUAUCUGACAACACCAGCGCGAGCGUAAGACAGGGUUGGAUGACUGCUAUUGUAGUUGUAAGUUUAAUAUUUUAUAACCUGAUAACAUAGGCCUGUGUGGAUUACAUAAAUGUAAUAAAUCGAGUAACACAGCAGUUGAUUUCUGGCUAAAUGGCUUCGGAAGGGAGUACAGUAUCACAUUAAUACCUAAAAGCUGCUGGAGUGGAACACGUUUCAAUCCUGUGAAGUUUGAAAUUACUAAGGGAGAAACGAGAUAAUAAAUAGCGUGACAACGUGGAGGAAAAUUUGUUUUUAUAAAAGCUUUUAAAGCCAUUCUCAACGAAAAGGACUUUUGGAAUACAUUGUAAAUUGAGAUUGAAGACCAGUUGCUCGGAUUUUGUUAUUGCACAAUUGCAUGGCAGUCAUUAAAUGAAACAAACUGAACAGCUGAAGUUGCACUUGGCACACUUCUGACUGUGUGUGUAACGUGCAUGGAUGGAUGACACAAUCUGGCAAUCUUGAAGCCUACUAAAGACAUGUUACCACGGUAUUUCCUGCAUGCCAGAACCAAACGAUUCGGGUAAAGAAAGCAGUUGAUAAACGCAGCAUAGCAGCAUAAACUCAUUUUAGACACAAAAUGCGUAACAUACAUUAAUGCAAACUUUGAACACGGAUAAGUGUUAAAACGAGAGCGGUUGUUCUCUGGAAAUAGGUAUAAAUCGUAUUUUUGUCCUCUGUUUUUUAAAAAUGAGCCACGACAUCGAAGGGAUCACAUUUUCAGUACCUUCUUUCUGGCCUUCUACAGGAGAUGGUAUCAGAGAACCUGCAUGCUCCUGUGGAGAUAGUGAGUCAAACAAUGCAAACACGGUUGCUGCAGCUGGCACGUACUGGCAAGACCCUACUGCCAGUGGCAGUCCGACUACUCUCAAUUGCCCCAAAACAAGUGGUGGCCUCUUGACAGUAGGUAAAACUAAAAACAGAGCAAUUACGGUGGCAUAUGUCAUAAAUGAGACGACCCAAAUGCAUGCUGCAGAGAAUAUGGCUCUUCAGUGUUUGAAAGAGGCAUGUGACAACGGAGGCACAACGCUGGAAAUUCUUCACUUUGGAAAACUCGACUUUGGUGAGACCAAUGUGCUAGAUCGUUUUUAUAAUGCAGAUAUUGCUGUUGUGGAAAUGACUGACGCAUUCCGCCAGCCUUCCCUUUUCUACCAUCUUGGAGUGAGGGAAAGCUUCAGCAUGGCCAAUAACAUCAUUUUAUACUGUGACACCAAUUCAGAUUCCCUUCAGUCUUUACAGGAAAUCAUUUUCCAGAAGAACACUUCAUGCACCGGAAAUUACAACUUUAUACCAUAUAUGGUAACACCACACAAUAAAGUCUACUGCUGCGAGAGCAGUUUAAUGAAGGGACUGACUGAAUUAAUGCAGCCAAGCUUUGAGAUGCUGCUUGGGCCAAUCUGUAUGCCACUGGUAGAUCGUUUUACUCAGCUGCUGAAGGUCUCACAGGCCAGCUGUUGCCAGUAUUUCCGAGAAUCUAUUCUGAAUGACAUCAGAAAAGCCCGGGAACUGUACACAGGCGUGGAGCUGGCUGCUGAACUGGCAAGGAUACGACAGCGCUUGGAUAAUGUUGAGUGUCUCUCAGCAGACAUUGUUAUUAACCUACUUCUAUCCUACCGGGAUAUUCAGGAUUAUGGUUCCAUUGUGCAGCUGGUUGAAACUUUGGAAGAACUUCCAACCGUUGAUCUUGUAUCCCAUCCUCAUGUGAAGUUUCAUUAUGGUUUUGCACUAAAUCGGAGAAAUCUGCCCGGGGACAGAGAGAAGGCGAUUGCUAUAAUGUUACCGUUGGUGCAAUCUGAUCAGCAGGUUGCAUCGGACAUGUAUUGUUUGGUUGGGAGGAUCUACAAGGAUAUGUUUUUGGAUUCUCACUUCACUGACCUGGAGAGCAGAGACAAUGGUGCUUAUUGGUACAAGAGGGGAUUUGAGUCCGAGCCAACACUACAUUCAGGGAUCAACUAUGCAGUCCUUCUCCUGGCAGCUGGGCACCACUUUGACAAAUCUUUUGAACUUCGAAAAGUUGGUGUGAAGCUCAGCAGCCUCCUUGGUAAGAAGGGGAGCCUGGAGAAGCUCCAGAGUUACUGGGAUGUGGGAUUCUUCUUGGGGGCCAGUAUCCUAGCCAACGACAAUCAGAGGGUGAUUCAGGCCUCCGAAAAACUUUUCAAACUCAAGGCACCAAUAUGGUACUUAUGCUCACUGGUGGAGACUAUACUGAUUUACCAGCAAUUUAAGGAGCAGAAUAUAGAGCAGCCCAACCCCAAGCAGGAGCUAAUGGAUUUUUGGAUGGACUUCCUUGUAGAAGCCACAAAGAAGGAACUGUCUUUAGUUCGUUUCCCUGUUUUGAUAUUAGAACCCACCAAAGUCUACCAGCCUUCUUAUCUGUCUAUCAACAAUGAAGCUGAAGAGAAGACUGUGUCCAUAUGGCACGUGGUACCGGAUGACAAGAAGGGGAUUCACGAGUGGAACUUUACAGCUGCCUCAAUCAGGGGUGUAAGUGUUUCAAAAUUCGACGAGCGAUGUUCUUUCCUGUAUGUUCUGCACAAUGCUGAAGACUUUCAAGUUUACUUUUGUACUGAGCUCCACUGUAAGAGGUUCUGUGAGAUGGUAAACUGCAUUACUGAAGAGUCUGGAAAAGGUCCAGAUGAGGGAGAGUGUGAGGGGUACGCCCUUGAGUAUGACUAUGAAUACGAUGAGAAUGGUGAGAGGGUGAUCCUUGGAAAGGGAACGUAUGGAGUCGUUUACGCAGGCAGAGACCUGAGUAACCAGGUCAGAAUUGCUAUCAAAGAGAUCCCUGAGAAGGACAGCAGAUACUCGCAGCCUCUGCAUGAAGAGAUAGCUCUGCAUAAACACCUCAAGCACAAGAAUAUUGUCCAGUAUCUGGGCUCCAUCAGUGAAAAUGGCUUCAUCAAGAUAUUCAUGGAGCAAGUCCCUGGGGGAAGCCUUUCUGCUCUCCUGCGAUCUAAAUGGGGACCCUUAAAGAAUAAUGAGCAAACAAUAGGCUUUUACACCAAGCAGAUCCUGGAAGGUUUAAAAUACCUUCAUGACAAUCAGAUAGCGCAUCGGGAUAUAAAGGGUGACAAUGUACUGAUCAAUACAUAUAGUGGAGUGCUGAAAAUUUCUGACUUUGGCACUUCAAAGAGACUUGCUGGACUCAACCCUUGUACUGAAACCUUUACAGGAACCCUCCAGUACAUGGCACCAGAAAUUAUUGACAAAGGACCGAGAGGCUACAGUAAACCCGCUGACAUAUGGUCCCUGGGAUGCACAAUUAUUGAAAUGGCAACUGGGAAGCCACCCUUUUAUGAACUCGGGGAACCUCAGGCUGCCAUGUUUAAGGUUGGGAUGUUUAAAAUCCAUCCUGAAAUCCCUGAGUCCAUGUCCCUGGAGGCCAAGGCCUUCAUCCUCCGCUGCUUCGAGCCUGACCCAGACAAGCGAGCAACAGCAGGAGACUUACUGACUGACGAGUUUCUGACCGUCACAAGCAGGAAGAGGAGGACCCAAAACAAGUUUACAGCUCUUUCAGCUGGGUCAGAGUAUCUGCGCAGUAUCUCUCUGCCAGUCCCGGUGGUAGUGGAAGACACAAGCAGCAGCAGUGAAUACGACUCGGUCUCCCCCGACACAGACUUGAAGGCCGACCCCUUCGUUUUCAAACCAAGAGUCAAAUGCUUCAGUGAGAAAGACGUCAAAGGAAGCAGAUCUUUAUUCUUGGGCAUACCUGUUGAGAACUUUGAGGACCACAGUGCACCUCCAUCCCCUGAAGAAAAGGACACUGGGUUCUUCAUGCUGAAGAAAGACAGUGAAAGGAGAUCCACACUACAUAAAAUACUGACAGAAGACCAAGACAAGGUGGUCAAGAACCUGGUGGAAGCUUUGGCACAGGGAAGUGAGGAGAUUAUACUGAAACAAGAGCACAUAUCCACACUUGUGGUGAGUCUCAGAGAGUUUGUAAGGACCACUGACCGCAAAAUCAUCGCCAACACUCUCUCCCGGCUCAAGCUGGAGUUGGACUUUGACAGUCAUGCCAUCAGCCAGCUGCAGGUGGUGCUUUUUGGCUUCCAGGACGCGGUAAAUAAAGUCUUGCGAAACCAUAACAUUAAACCCCACUGGAUGUUUGCACUGGACAAUAUCAUCCGCAAAGCUGUGCAGACCGCUAUUACCAUUCUGGUUCCAGAACUAAGGCCUCAUUUCAGCUUGGCCUCAGAGAGCGACGCGGCCGACCAGGAUGAUGCAGAGGAUGACCUGGAUCCCCAUGACGACACUCGGAAUCAGAGCGGUCAGAGGCAGAGUGCCGCCAACGACGACACAGUGCCUACCUCAGGCGUGAGCACGCUCAGCUCCACCGUCUCCCACGACGACUCGCAUACUGCUCAGAGAUCUGUGAGCAUGCAGCUGGGCAGGAUGAAACUAGAAACCAACAGGUUACUGGAGGAAUUGCUGGAGAAGGAAAAGGAGUAUCAAAGCAUCCUGCAUCAGGUUAUUGAGGAGAGGGACCAAGAGAUCAAACUACUGAGAAUUAAAUCUCAACCAAUAGACAUACCUGCCUUAUCAGCAACUCACCGUUCUUCCAGUGCACACAGAGGAGACCCUGAGCUGACUAAUUGGAUGAAGGAACACAAUGCUGACCAUGAUACUAUAGAGCGGCUUUUGGCAGAAGAUUACACACUGACUGAUAUUCUUCACUAUGUGACAAGAGAUGAUCUAAAGGGCUUAAGAUUAAGAGGAGGAAUGCUGUGCAAGUUGUGGAACGCUAUCAUGGAAUUUAGAAAGAACCCCUGGUAACAACCUUACCUGUGGAAUGUUCCUUUCGUGGAAGCAAGCCUCCAUCAAAUCUGAAAUAGUAUUCUCUUGAAGAGACUGCACUUUACUAUUCAAUAUUUAUUAGUCUAUAUCUAAGCUACCAUGCUUCUGUAAUGUAUUAUUACAUUUACUUACAAUGAAAAACAAUCCCUGUACCAUUACAAGUGUAGUCUUUUAAAAUAGUGCAAUGAUUUUAUCCUGCGGCUGAGGUUCUUUUUCUUGCCUUUUAGAUAUGAUUGUUGUUUUCAGUUUUUAAAUUUUAAGAAAACUGAAACUAACACCUUGGGUUUCAAAUACUGUAAAUCCAUUUAUAUUUUGAAGAAAAUAAAAACUAGACAUAAUGCAUUUUUAGUGCUGAAGUAAAAAAGCAAAACUGUUCUAUUGUGUAAUAAACAGUAAAUUGUCCAACUUAGCCAUAUUAGUUGUUUAGUAAAUAAAUAACCUGAAACUAGCUCAAAUGAAUGCCAUGCUAAUAAAAAGAAGCUUACAGUGCAUUGACUUGGUAACAAACUCGCUGAUGAAUGCACUGUCUAGGACCACAACUGUCACAAUUUCUUUUUUUCUAUAUAUUUUUAUGACACUGAUAUAUAUAUUUUCAGUGCUAGAGGUAUGCUUCCCCGAAUUUAUUCCCUUGUACUAUUUAUUUAUGGUACGUAGUGGAAAGUGGUAUUUCUAGAAGUUUUUAAUAUAUAGUAGGACACAUACAUUUGUGCAAUGUUUGACCUAAAAAUGGAAGACCAUACCAAGAAAAUAGUUUUUCUAUAAGACUUCACUGCAAAAUCUGUAGUUCUACCUACGCCCCUUUGGUAGUUUUCCUUUCAAAUUAUCAAUAAUUGUAUAAUAAUGUCAUAAACUUACAAUCUAAAGUUACAUGUUUACAAUUUCUAUCACAUGUUACAAAAUGUUAGUUUAUGGAACAUUUGUGUGCACAUUUUGUGUUUUUGUGUAUGGCAGUGUGCAUUUUAAUGUAAUUUGAUUUGUUCUUGUCUAAUUUGGGACUGAAGUUUGUGCAGAAACAGCAUUGGGAACAUGCAGGCAGCACGUUUCACACAGUAUGAGAGAAAGAAGACUGAAAUGCAAUAAUGGAACCAAGAACAUUGUUGCUUACAGCAGUGACUUAUUUUUAAUGGGGAAAUAUUGAGUGUCAUAACUCUCUCUAUGUAGAGAUAGAGAAGAAAUGCCACUUAAAUGAUUCAUUAAAUGAAUUAUUAAUAAAUUCACAUAAAUUAAUAUUAAAUGUUAAAAAAAUAAUUUCAGUACACAUUGACUAAUGCAUGAUCUGUUUCAUAAAAUUAUAUCUAAUCUAAACUAAUAUAUGUAUUGCUAAAACAUAUUGUUAAUUUUUACUGAGUUAUACAGCUUUGAUAUUGUUGUAACGUGUUUGAAACACAAACAUUUAAAGCCAAAUCCAGGUUACUUUGCUUCGAUUUAUGACUGCAUCAUUGCUCAGAGCACAAGGGUUACAUGUGUGUAAAAAAUGUUACUAUUCCUAAUGCCAAGUAGCUGCAAACUUCAAUGUAAAAUAAAGAUGUAAUUUUAAGAAUAAAGAAAAAAAAAAUCACUGGGCCCAACUCAAGUGUGUUGAUAAAUAAAUGCAUUGAUUUUUUUUUUUUAUUUCAGAUUCCUUUGUGGAAUAAUAAGCAAAAUGCAAUCUCAACAAACUUUUUUUUCUGCCAAAGAGUUUCCUUUCAUUCUAGCUUACAAGAUAUAUUUAGAAUGCAUUUUUCCACACAAAUAUUUUUUUAGUAAGGCACAACGUGUAUUAUAUUAUAUAAUGCAUGCAUUGUUCAAAUUACUGAAUAUCACUUGCCUCUCCUGCUUAUCUGGUUAAAUACCUUCAAUUUAGUGCCUGGAUCAUGGUUACUUCUUUGGGUGAGGUUUCUGCUAAUAGUUCAGGAUCACAUGGGGAGAAGGAAGCCACUCUGGGGAGGAACUAAUCUGAUGAGGCCAGCAUGAUGGACCAACCGUAAGAAAGCCACGCUAUCCAUCCUAACUGAAGACUGCUUGCAAAUAAAGUGGAGGUUAGGGAGAUGAGUUUCCUUGGUGUUUAAAUAAUUUAGGGAGAAAGGGUCGAUAGGAGAAGCAAACAUCCAUGAUCCCUGAACUAAAUCUUAGCCUAGGUUUUUAAAUAAAUACAUUAUCUGAACAACCAAAAAAAAAAAGUAUUGUUUGCAAAGUCAUUAUAGAGACCAUUUUAUGAAAAAUAUAUAUAUAUUCAUGAC